ACGCGUGCCCACUGCAUUUUGCUGCUGCUCGUCGGCGGGGCGGACAUGGCUCACGGCGGGGCGGAAGCGCAUCACGGCAGCGGCGGUGGGCGGAGCGGCAGGCCAGGCAUCGAUGGCUGGUGCUGUGGACGCCCGACCACACGGACGGCGCGAAUGUUGUCGAGCGUGCACGGCGAGGGGGGAAUUAUUUUAUUUGCACGCCCGUCACGAGGGGAGAUGGGAGAUCAACUCAUUUGCGGUAGUGCCCGUCUCCUUUUCCUGCUCCGCCGCUGCCAUCACUGACUCUCCACACUUUCCUCUGCAUCCUUGCCGUCCAGACGACACGUCAGUCGUCUUGCCAGUCGUCGGCCACGCGAGGUGGCGGAGCGGAGCGGGCGUGAGCAGCAGCGAUAAAUGUCCGAAGAACCAUCAUCCGAACGAUCAUCAUCUCGAAUCCGCGAUCUCAGGUCCCUCUUCGAAAACAGAGCUUCCGAGCCCUCCUCCUCGCCCGGCCGUGGUAGAUCUCCUGCUGACCUCGCCGGCGACGACGAACCUCGACCGCGUUCCAAGAUCCGAGCAUCCUUCAUCGCUGUCGACGCGCCCAACGGCCAACCGUCCUACACCAUGGCCACUGCUCCCGAUUUCAGCAAAAUCCCUAACAGCGAUGCCAAGGCUGCCAUCGACGCCAGCCCGGCCUUGAACCGCGAGCCCACCACCGGCCGCCGGACCAGCUUCAGCGAGAAGCCCAACAGCGAUGCCCUGCAAGCUUUGAAAGCCACUGUGGCACAGGAGGGGGAGCGCAGGAAGUCGCAGGCCGGGACCGAGACCGUGCCUGAGACGGCAGUCGAGACACCUUUGGUGGAAACUGGCAAGCAGCUGGGAGCGUCGAAACCAGCGAGGAGCGUGAGCCCCAAGAAGGGACCUUCGCCAUUGCAGCAAGUCCAGAGCAGCUCUCCGGCCUCAAAACGGGACAAGGAGGCUGAGAACCCAGACAAGCCCGUGACUGGUGCUGAGGAGGAGCCUGCCGAUAUGAAGCCUGCCGACCCGACUAGCGCGGGUGCUGUCAGUGGAGGGAAAGCAUUAUCCCCUUCUGCCGAGGACCUGCGCAAGACCAAUGCGAAGACAGCGACCAAGUCAAACAACGCGAAGCCAGCGUCGAAGCCGACAGCGACAGCGACUUCAACGGCGAGCAAGCCACCUAGACCGUCAAUGAGCGCCAAGUCUCCACAGCCAACGACAGCGUCGACGAGAACUGUCACAUCGCCCAAACCGGUCACUAAGAAGGCCAGUCGCACUUCGCUCGCGGCGCCGACCGCUGCAUCGAGUGCCAAAACAGCUCCAGCUGACAAGACCGCGAAGCCAGCGUCAGCUGCUGUAAAAGCAAAGCCACGAGAGCCGACCAAACCAGUUGAGGUUUCUUCCCGUCUGACUGCGCCCACCGCGGCAUCUCGAGCACGAGUCGAGGGACCCGCUGCUGCUGCUACUGCAUCCAAGCCAGCCACCACCACGACUCGUUCAAAGCCAUCGAGCUCAGCCCGUCCUUCCCUUGGUCGACCAGAAUCUCGAAACUCGCAGACUGGCACGAAAAAGUCGAGCGCUCCCGUAGAUGGCAGCUUUCUCGAGCGCAUGACAAGACCAACUGCGGCUUUCGCCAACCGGACAGCAAAGGAGGUAGAGGCAAAGGCUUCUGCAGUCAAACAAAAGCUCCCCUCACGACCGAAGACCAACGGACAGGCGAAGAAGCCUCGAUCAUCCACCGGCACCUCUGCGGAGCCAGCAGACGAAACAAUCAUUGACGAGCCAUCUGUCGUUCACGAAGGCAGCCAACUAGGAGAUUCCACGGAGCAAGCGCAAGAUGCGGCUGCCGACAACAGACCGGGCUCUCCUAAAGUUGACCACACACCCAUUCCGGCCACCAAUGGUGACCACAAGGACGCAACAUUGGAGGGCACUCCUGCAGCGAUUGGAGCGAGUGACUCGAUCCGCUAGUCUCGGACGAUCACCACGUCAACGUUGCAGGUGAAAGCCAUUCGUGAUUCUAUCUCACCUCUCGAUCCGGGCCGUACUCGUUUGCUGGACAUGUCGCCCAACCUUCAGCGAUGAUGUUCUAGAGGGGGAAGUGAAGGAGAUCUUCGACUCCGCCAACACUCACGAACGACGGUGUAGAAGGAAGAAAGAGCCCGACACACUUUUCGAAAUUCCUCGGGCAUAUAAGAAAGUGUUAGUAUUGCAGCAAGCGUAUAGUUGAUUUGUCCUUUUUUCAGAAUGGGUUUCAGCUAGAUACCACAGCAUUGUUCUUUCAGCUUUUAGUUCUACUCUUUUUUCGACCAACAAUGCAUUCUUUUUGAGUCCCUGAGCGACUUUGCAAACCUUUUCAUCACUGUACUGCGACAAUUGCCACACGAGGCUCCACGCCUGCCUUCUCAGCACGUUCUGUAUGGCUUGUUGCCAAGGCUUAAGACUUGAGGAGAACGACCAGUUUGGAGUAAUCGCCGGUCUUGUAACAGUGCGAAUGAGCUUCGCGAAGUCUAGUUGCAGUUCUA